GGAGAGUGACGUCACUCUCCCAGAAUGCACGGCUUCGCAGCGCGGCGCCCAGCAGUCCAGGCCCGGACUCGAAUAAACAUCCACCGAACUUGUUCCAAAAUGUCGACGUCGAGGCGGAGCGGUGGCUGGACGAGGAGCGGCGGCCAGGCGCAGGCGGUCUGCAGAGAUGUUGAGCGGCCUCUGUAACUCAGCUGCCUGAUACUCAAAUAGACCGUGGGCCAACACAAGAGGUCUCCUCAGGAAACACAGCAGUCCAGUCAGUGCGUCCAAAGCUCCUCCUCAGCAGCCCUUUGGGGGUUGCUAUGGCUGCUGCUGUCACAGAUACCAAGUGCUGGACACAGGCUUGCUUCAGCAGGACGGGACAGACCACCAGUCAUUGCCGCAAGAAACCAUCCAACAGUCAACAAACAGCACUUAGCAUUAAUUCCAGCACUCUAAGUUAACGGAGCAACCAGAGGUCUGUCGGCCGAUGGUCAGCUGUGUGAAGAAUCCUCAUGAGUCUUGUCUGUGUCUGCUCAGGCUCUUGGCCAGAGUCCCUGUGCAGCAGCAGAGCCAGCACUGUUCCUAGACCAUGUUCCACCAGCAGGACCAUCUGAAGAGCCAGCUGCAGGACGGCCACCCAUCCAGCAGGCAGCUCUUUCACUGCCAGGAGUGUGGGAAGCAGUACAACACCCAGCUGGGUUACAGACGCCACCUGGUGGCAGCCCACAGUGCUGCAGCGGGCCUGCCCUGCCCAGAGGGGGCACCGUCCCUCCUGGAGCACCUGGGUGGACACACGGACAGGCCUCCCCCGUCAGAGGGCAACACUACUACUGCUGUGCCGGUGAGAGAGAGGAAGUAUUCGUGUGAGCGGUGUGACCGCCGUUUCUACACACGUAAAGAUGUACGGCGUCAUGCCGUGGUGCACACCGGGCGCCGGGAUUUCCUGUGCCCUCGCUGUGCACAGCGCUUUGGCCGUAGAGACCACCUGACCCGCCACUUGAAGAAGAGCCACGCCCAGGAGUCUGGGCUGAUGCCAUCCUGUACUCCCAGUACUCCUGCGGCCACACCCACCUCUGCCACACAGUGCCCAGUGAAGGAGCCCAGCCCUGUGACCACUGACAUGGGCUCCAUCUCCAAGGAGCCCAUGGAGACUUUCUCCAGGGACAUGUACAACUCCUACCCCAUGGCUAAUGCUGUCCCGGCGAUGGGUCACUCUCAUGGCCUCAUGCAGGGCUCCUUAUCCUCAGGCAUGGGUGUCGGUCGCCACAUGCCCCCCCAGUCUUCUCACCACCACCACCUGCAGCCCCCAGCAGCUCCACAGCAGCAACCCUACAGCAACAUGGCCAGGUACCAGCACGGAUCUACCUCAUAUCCUCGCGCCGACGUGGACAGUUUCCUGCUGGACCUGCAGAGUGCCCCCCCACCACACCUGACUGCAGUCAACUCCUCUACCUCUACUUCUGCCUCCCCCCAGAGGGAGGUGCUGGGUGAAGGGGUGGCUUCUGGUGGCGACCCCCACCUGCUGUGCCGUAGCCCUGCUGUCUCCUCAGCCGAGCUGUCCUGCACCACCAACAUGGACCUCGGGCCCCUGCUUGGCUUCUUGCCUUUCAGCCUGCCUCCCUACAGCCCCCACAUGGGGAUGGGAGGGUUAGUGAUGAGCUAUCCACCUGCCACCACAGCCACGUCGUCUCCAUCCUCUUCCACUGGGCUGUCCUCACAGGCCCCAGGGCCUUUCUCCUUCUUCCAGCCUCCCCAGGCUCACGUGCCCCAGGGCCCUGGAGCCCACAACCACAGCCAACUACCUCAGGCGUACAGCAGUCCUGCUAUGAGCACUUCCAGCUCCCUACCUCACUACUAUCAGGCCUUUCAGCAGUAAGCAGCUCUGUCCCCACAAACGUGGCCUUCGUCAUGCUCAUGGAUUUUUGAUGAUGAGCAUGAAAGGGGUGAAACAUGAGAACAAAUGUGUGACUUUUGUCUUUCAGUGCUUAUGAUGCUUAUCUUAGUAGUUUUUUUUUUGUUGAACACAACAAAUCACCUCAUCAGUAUUACCUCAUUAUUUAAAUAGGAAGCUUGAACGUUGGAGGAAGUGUGAUGGUCUCACUACAACCAAAAGUGAGAACUUAUUUUGGUCAGACCUGUCACCAACAGUGGAGCACUUAACACGUAUGUCACAGGUGCUGCACAGUGCCGAGUCAGAGAGUUCCGUUUAACAUGUCAAGAAAUACUUUGCCCAGUUACAUUUGAGGAAAAAUGACCCAUAUAACUGAAGCUGAUUGGAUAUUUUCCCACAGCCUUACAGAAGGGGAAACCUGGGAGUGUAAGAACUACUCAUUUACAGAGCUAUUGCAAAAAGAUUUAAAAUGCAAACUAACAGCACUGAGUGUGAUAUUUGGUGAUUUAGGCACUAAAAUAUGCAAUUCCCCCAUCCAAUAAUCCAGCCAUGCUGCCAUGUGUCCAAGUGCAUCAGGAGAUGAAAUUACCAACUUUCAUCACCAAUCCUCCAUAAUUCAGACGCAGUAACUAACAGUGACAGUGAAGCUCGUCAAAAUGUAUCUGAGGUCACACCAGCACAGUGACAAACACCAAUGAUACAGAUCUUUUUUUGCUAUUUCAUGUAGCAUCAUUAGAUGAAAAUGCACUUAACUCUCAUUUUCAACGUGCAGGUCAUUAAAGCCGACACAUUAGGCACAAAGCUUCCGUCUAUGGGUCAAAUAUAAAAAACAUAUAUUUUAGGACAGAGCUCGCGACGCGACAGAUUCCAUUCAGACGGAGAAGUGUCACCUAGAUUAAAUGUGCUUGAACUCCAUACACUGUAUUAACAGAAUGAUUCCAAUACAGAUGACCUGUUGACAGCAGCUGGGAACCAGCUCUCUAAUCUCUGUGGAUCAGAAUGUCAUCUUUCACCCUAACCCUCCUGUAAAGCCCUCAGCGUCCUUGUGGCCAGAGGUGGGCCUCAGCGUAGUGCAGUAGCUGUUAACACAGAUCUCUAAACACGUUCAGUUGCUGACACCUGGUGCCAACUAUGAUGCUGAUCUCAGGGUUGCUGCCUGUCCCUUUUUUUAAUUCAUAAAACGUAUAUGUUCUAUUCCCGUUCACAACCACUCACACAGCCCACGCCCAGAUGCUCAUAACAUUUGCUAUGGGAAUAUUUAUUAUGUAAAAUGAUGAUCUCUCCUGGAUAAUUUUUAGUGAGAUUGCACAGAAAGGUUUAACCUAGGCCUCGUCACGAUAACUACUUUUUGGUUGCACGAUAUAUUGUCCCGGAAAUUAUUGUGAUAAACAAUAUUACCGUCAAUUUUAAGACGUAUUUUUUGAUACUGAAUCAGGUGAGCUCGCAGUUCUAGCCUAUUGGUCGUUGCACGUGCAUGUCCAAAGUUUAGAUUUGUGUUUAAGGCCUCAGACAAAACAAACAAGUUGAAGACGUGGUGCCUUUAGAAAAAUACUAAGAAAUCCAUAUUUUCUGACAUUUCAUAGACCAAACCAGUGAUUUAUUAAUCAUAUGACGAGGACAGAUGCAGCGAGACUGUUGUUAACAUCCAUUCUUAUGUCAACACGCAAGCAUGUAGGCACAAAUGCUAUUGAGGGUAAUAAAAAUUAUUGAGUUUAUAUUCAUGUAUCGUACGAUAAGUCGAUAAUAAUAACGUAAUUAUCGUGACAGGCCUAGUCUAACCUCGGUUGCAGAGACGCCAACGUGCACACGUCCCAAACCUCAACAAAACAUUGUGCAUCUGAUGGGACUUCCUGUCAGGAUGCAGGCUCCAGACAAACACAAACAGAUAUGUGCUCAGUACAAGUGUUGAAGGAACACGUGUGAGCAUCUCCCGUGCGUGUUUGAUUACAUGACAGUCCUGGAUCAGGUCCAGUUACAUAUGUGUAUCUGUACAGCUAUCAUAAAGUAGCAUAUGUAGCAUAAACCACAGCUCUGAGGUGAAAGCAGAUGUCAUCCAUGUCCCCCCACUCCCAUACUUUCCACAGUGGAAGGUGGCAACCCUGGUUCCAGGGCGUAGGCUGUGGUACCCAGAAGGGCGUUGUGUCAAAGUGCUCCCUGUUCCUCGUUUUGUUCUUUUCAAACUGUACCACUGGAUCUGAGCAGGUCGUACCUGUGACCUAUCUUCUACAAAGGUCUAACAGAGCACUUGUACCCUUUUUUCGUACCUUUUUCGGAUGUUCGGCGCUGGUGGAGACGCCCCUUUCUCCAUGGCCGUGGCGUGUCGUCCUCACUUAGUCUUUGCAGCACAGGCUCAGGAAAGCCAGUCUACUGAGAUUCAGGGUUCACACUGUAGCAUGGUGAGAAUUAUGGAUCCUACCCAAGCGGCCUUCCAACGACGGACGCUCCGCUCAUGAACGUGAUCAAGUGCGGUGGAGACGAAGGAGGCCUCCAGCUGGAUGUCGCGAGUGAUGGAUGUGAUAUCGGGAAGAAGAUCAUUCAGUGAGAGAGAGUGAGAGAGUAGGCUGAUGCUCUCUCUGCCUUAAAUCCACAAACUGUUGAAGGACUUCUCUCACUAGAAUGGUAACAAGCCUCCGUGUUGCACCAAUGUCUUAAAAUGCUACUGUUGUGCCUCUCUAAGAGGGUCUCAUCUCUCGACCGGGCUCAAGCACUUAUGACAUUUUAUGAAAAGGAAUGAAUUUGAUCUGUAGGUCAAACAUGCAGAACUGUGGGUUUCUGCACUUUUGUAUUUUGCUUCUAGUUACGUUGGCUCUUACUUGUGCCAUUAGAUUGAAACUAUAAAGGUAGAUUUUAUGAAUCUAAACUCUUUAUCUAGCGGCAGACAUUGACGUUAUAAUUCAGUCAAACUUUCUACCUCUACUUUGCAUAUAUCUUUUUGCAAAAAAAUCAUUAGAGCUAGUUUUAACCUAUAACAGCUAGGCAGUUUUUUACCACUGGUGGAGAUGAGAGAUAUGUUCAACAUUCAACUUUGAAGGCCCGAGUGCACACUAAAAUCCUAGUGUGCGUGUCCCCAGGGUCAGACAUAGUUCUCUGUACUUGCCUUUAAUGAUAUUUCUACUUAUUUUACUACCUCAGAGAAGAGACAGGCGACUGUCCAUCUAACUGCAGAGAAAAUGACAGUGUAUAGUUAUAUUUUUUGUCGGAACAAGCACAUGUACUUGAUAGCUCCAUAGUUUUUACUGAGGGUAGCUCACAACCGAAUGAUGUCUAGUUUAACGAGUGCCGGAUUAUGUCUCUUCACAUUACGCUAGUUGUGUCGCGACGAUGUGCCUCUGCCCUCUGCCCUCUUCAGUCUGGAAUGUUUCCUGUGCGUAACAAUCUGCAUGUUCGCCCAGCACUGCGGUACUGUGGCUCCCCGCUUUCAGCACUUCACCUGAAAAGCAGCAUCCUCACUUAAUAUUCCUGCUCCGACCGAUGCAUCUUAUCAAGAACAAUGUUGGUGAACGCUUUCUGCUUCCAGCUGUGUCGGUGUUUGCUGCUUUCCCGUUCCAUAUCUGAAUACCUUCAAUCUGACAAAUGAAAAAAGCAGUUUGACCACAUCAGGAUGCGCUCGGGAAAUGAUGCUCCAUUAAACCAAAGUAUCUGGAUCGUGCAAUCACACAGUCAACCAACAUCUAUUGCUUUGUCGUUGCUGCUUUUUGUGUUGUUGUUUUUUUGCAGGGAAUCAGCCAUUGAAAUGAGUUCCACCAUGUCGAUAAGUUCAGAGGAGCUCCUUAUUUCCGGUCUCGUCCAAUAUUUAAGAUACCUAUUCCUGACAGAGGUUCUUUAAGAGGUGUUUUCAUUGGAUUUGUGACUCAGGCCUUGAAUUGUUACAUCGUGAGUUUGGUACUGUGUGCUUAUGAUGUGUGUCGACGGGGCAGUGUGUUUGUGAAGCGUUCCAGACUGAACGUGGAGAGGGGGGGCCGGGCAGAGCGCGGCGUCGCGGUGCCUGCUUUCAGGUCGGCUCCGAGAACCACUAGAAUGCAGGUUUCUUUCAACUUUAACUCCGACAAGUUUUGCUUUAGGUGUUUGUAUUAUCACUUAAUAGACUAGAAUGCCAUGAAAAGGAGUUGUCAUUUUCUAAUUAUCUGGACAUAAAGUACUACAAAAUAAAUGAAUAUUUAGAUUUCCA